CUGGGCUUGUCCAGGAAGUGGGAGGAUGGCAGUCAGCCCGGUUCCUGGUUGUGGGCCCCAGGGGAGCUCGAUCACUGGGCUGGCCACUUGUCCCUGGGGCUGGGUUGGGUUGUGGUGUCCUUGCAGUGAGCCUCGGCACCAAAAAAAGGAAUCAUGAACAUUGAAGCAUAUUUUGAAAGAAUUGGUUACAAGCACUGUAGGAACAAAUUGGACUUGGAAACAUUAACUGACAUUCUUCAGCACCAGAUCCGAGCCAUUCCCUUUGAGAACCUUAACAUCCAUUGUGGGGAAGCCAUGGAAUUGGGCUUAGAGGCCACUUUUGAUCAAAUUGUGAGGAGGAACCGAGGUGGGUGGUGUCUCCAAGUCAAUCAUCUUCUGUACUGGGCUCUGACCACAAUUGGUUUUGAGACCACGAUAUUGGGAGGGUAUGUAUACAACACUUCAGCAAACAAAUAUAGCAAUGCCAUGAUUCACCUCCUGCUGAAGGUGACCAUUGAUGGCAGGAACUACAUAGCUGAUGCUGGAUUUGGACGCUCUUACCAGAUGUGGCAGCCUCUAGAGUUAAUUUCUGGGAAGGAUCAACCCCAAGUGCCUUGCGUCUUCUGCUUGACAGAAGAGAGAGGAAUCUGGUACCUGGACCAAAUCAGAAGAGAGCAGUAUAUCCCAAACCAAGAAUUUCUUAAUUCUGAGCUCCUGGAGAAGAAUAAAUAUCGGAAAAUCUACUCUUUUACUCUUGAACCUCGAACAAUCGAAGACUUUGAGUCUGUGAAUAUAUACCUUCAGGAAUCUCCAGCAUCUGUCUUUACAAGCAAGUCAUUUUGUUCCUUGCAGACUCCAGAAGGUGUUCACUGUUUAGUGGGCUUCACCCUCACCUACAGGAGAUUCAAUUAUAAGGACAAUACAGAUUUGGUAGAGUUUAACACACUGAAUGAAGAAGAAGUAAAAGAAAAUCUAAAAAAUAUAUUUAAUAUUUCCUUGGAGAAAAAGCUUGCCCCCAAACAUGGUGAUAAAUUUUUUACCAUAUAGAGUAAGCAGUAAAAAUGGUCUCAGUAUUACUUCUGGUGCUGUAACUUUUUAUUAUAAAAAAAAUUUUAACAUCUAUAAAAGUAGAGAGAAUGAAAUAAUAAACCUCCAUUUGUUUA